UGGAAAUCUCUGAAUUAAAGGAGACUGAGCAAAAAGUCAGCGAAAAGCGGAACCAGAAAGCCUUGAGGAUGAGUGGAGGGACGUCCAAAUUGACAUCAUUGUUGCAGUACAGAUUUGUGCGGAAAGACGGCCAAGAGCAGGGCUCUAGUCAGAAUGGUUCUCAGUCCUCGUCAGAUUUAGACACCCUCUCACCAUCACAGACUAGCACUAUACCUCCAGGAACACCGGACAAGAAUCCACUGAAUUUUCACUCCACCCCAGAUGGUAAAGGCAUUUCAUCCUCCUCACUCUCCAGCCCAGAUUCACCUAUAUUCAAAACAAGGCCAAAGCUCAUUGACCGCCAGGAGAAAGUCCCACUUGAGAAAUCUGCAAACUCCUCGCCCUGGCUUACAAAAGAAAAUGGGAAGGGAUUCAAUGGAGUGAGCACUUCAAAAAAGAGAACUCUGCCAGCAUUCCCAGAUGACUCAGACGAUGAUGAUGUCGUGAUGCUAGACAGUCUGGACCAGAAAAUUCGUGAUGUGCGCCCGCUGUUUCCACUUCUUGAUGAGUCAGAGGUCAGAAAAGCACUAAUUGAUGGCAAUGGAGAUGUAGAGGCUGCCAUCAACAUUCUCAUAGAUAUAGGACGUAGCAAGAAGCAGCUGAAGAGAAUCAGAAUGGCCAGUCAGGAGAGCACCUCACCGGAUGUUGCCAAGCAGCCUCGGAAACGCAUACGUCAGAUAUCCAGUGACAGUGGGGACGACACUACCCAGGGGGCCUCACAGAGCACUGUGGGAUACAGCCUUGAGUCCCAAGGCUCUCUAGGCAAUGGUUUGGAGUCCCAGAAAUCAGACGCCACAGUUGUGUACGAUCCUACGGAGGAGGAGUUGCCUCCACCUACUGAGGAUCAGCUGAAGAAGAUCCGGUUCAUUGCAGAUUGUUUUAAAGAGCGCACAGAGAAGGAAAUCCACAAGGUGUUAGCAGACCACAACUGGAAUGUAGCAGAUGCCACUGUGACAUUAAGCUCUUCAACUUCCUCCCUCAAGGCCAUAACAAGUGAAAAUAAAGUUAGGGCCAAGGCUGCAUCGCACAUGAAGAAACAUCAAGACGAGGAAUUAGAUGCCGAUGAUGAUGACGACGAAGAAUUCAGCGGUGGAGAGUCAGACAGCGACGAUAGUAUAGAGGAUGAAGGUGACUCUGGCAAGAAUGUGAUCCUGAGUUUCUUUGAGGAUGCAACACUGGAGGAGCUUAUGGCCACGCCAGGAUGUUCCAAGAAGAAGUCUGAGCUUAUCGUCAGUCAGAGACCAUUCAAUACAUGGACCAACAUGGUAGAUAAGUUUAUGACAGUGAAGGGUCUCUCAUACGACCUGAUCAGCGGAUGUCGAGAAGUGAUCAAGAUCCGUGACGUUGUCGUGAAGUUGAUGAAGAAAUGUGAGGGGAUCUCGGCGUCGAUGCAGAAAGUCGUCUCAGAGCUGCUUCACUCCAACACACAGCUGGAGCUAGAUUCCGACCAGAUAACCAAGCAGCCCAGUUCGCUGAACCCUGAUCUUCAGCUGAAGCCGUUCCAGAUGGUGGGGCUGAACUGGUUGCGGGUCAUGCACUCCCAGGAGAUCAAUGGCAUACUGGCAGAUGAAAUGGGCCUUGGUAAGACAAUCCAGACAGUCGCAUUCCUGGCCCACCUAAUGGAGGAGGGAGAGACUGGCCCUCAUGUCAUCAUAGUACCUUCAUCCACCAUUGACAACUGGAUCCGUGAGUGCAAGGUGUGGUGCCCGGCCCUGAAGGUGCUUGUGUACUACGGUUCCCAGGAGGAGCGGCGGGCUACACGCCAGUUUAUCAUGUAUAACAGGGACGAGGAAUACAAUGUCAUCAUCACUACUUACAACAUGGCCACAGGGACUGUAGAUGACAGGAGUCUGUUUAAGAAGUUUGAGUUUCACUACGCCAUCUUCGAUGAGGGCCACCUACUGAAGAACAUGUCAUCUCUCAGAUAUCAGAAUCUCAUGAGGAUACAAGCCCACAGACGACUGCUUUUGACGGGGACCCCUCUACAGAAUAAUCUGCUGGAGCUGAUGUCACUACUCUGCUUCUGUAUGCCGGACAUGUUCGUGGGCAAGACGGAGCAGCUCAAGCGCAUGUUCACCAUGAUCUCAAGAACAAAUGGUGACGAGAAGAGAAGCAGCUAUGAGCAAGAUCGCAUUGCACAGGCUAAGAAGAUCAUGACACCAUUCGUGUUACGACGGUUAAAAUCAGAGGUGAUGAGUCAGCUGCCGAAUAAGCUUGAAGAUCUGGAGUACUGCACAAUGUUGCCGGGGCAACAGGCCCUGUACGAUCGACUCAUCAACAAGAUCCAGUUUCAAAUGUCGGAGGAGUCUGCGGACCAUAUAUCGGGCGGCGGCGGCUCAGCCAUGUUAAUGCAGCUGCGGAAGGCUCCAAACCACCCUCUCCUCCAUAGGACUCAUUACACUGAUAAAAUUGUGGAGAAGAUGGCGAAAGACCUGUGUCAGGAGCCCAGCCAUAAGGACAGAGGUGCCCUGCCCCAUCUAAUUGCAGAAGACAUGAUGGUCAUGUCAGACUUUGAGCUUCAUAAGUGCUGUCUCUUCUACAAGAGCCAUCUUAAGAAGUACCUUCUCGAAGACUCACUGAUCAAUGACUCAGGAAAGUUUAGAGUACUCGAUAGAAAACUUGACGAGUACAGAGCGAAGGGUGACCGAGUAUUACUCUUCAGUCAGUUCACGAGUAUACUGGACAUCAUGGAGGUGUUCUUGAAAAUGAAGAGUAUUCGCUUUUUACGCCUUGAUGGCUCCACCCCGGUACCAGAUAGACAAAGGUUAAUAGACGAGUACAACAAUGACAAGGGUAUAUAUGUGUUCCUGCUGUCCACAAAGGCAGGGGGUCUGGGUAUCAACCUGACGUCGGCCAAUGUGGUCAUACUGCACGAUAUUGACUUCAACCCCUACAAUGACAAGCAGGCCGAGGAUAGAUGUCACAGAGUGGGACAGACCAGGGAGGUUCAGAUCCUGCGACUGAUCAGCAAGGACACGGUGGACGAGACGAUGUUGAAGUGUGCGAGGGAGAAACUGAAACUGGAAAAGGAGGUCAUCAGCACGGACGGACAAGAUGAUGAAGAUGGUUCAACAAAAGAUGUGGCCUCUAUUCUUAAACAGGUGCUUGCGGCCCAGAAAUCCAGACAAGCCUCUUGAUGUUAGUUCAGACCUAGAUGUGCAUGGCAAAAUUGUGAAAUGUGAAUAGAGUUAGAUAAGACUAGAAAACUGUGAACUGCAAAUAGAGUCAUUUGGUCGUUUAAGUCCAGACACUUGUGUACUUAGAAUAAGGUUAUUUGGCUGGUUAUGACCAGAAGAUUGUGACCUGCACAUAAAGUAAUUUGGGUGGUUUAAACCAGAAAAUCGUUAACUGUGAAAAUCUUCCUUUGGUUCGACUAGACCAGAAAACUGUGAACUGGGAAUAUAGUCCCUUGGUUGGUAAAGAGUAGAAAAUUGUGACCUGCAAAUAUAUAAAUAUUUGGCUGGUUAAGACCAGAACAUUGUUAACUGAGAAUAACAGAAUUGGUUGGUUAUAAAUAUAAGAUUAUGAACUGCAAAUAACAGAAUUGUGUUGGUUAAGACCAGAAAAUUGUGAACAGAGAAUAACAGAUUUGGUUGGUUAUGAAUAUAAGAUUAUGAACUGCAAAUAACAGAAUUUGGUUGUUUAAGACCAGAAAAUUGUGAACUAAGAAUAACAGAAUUUAGUUGGUUAUAAAUAUAAGAUUAUGAACUGCAAAUAACAGAAUUUGGUUGGUUACGACCAGAAAAUUGCUAACUGAGAAUAACAGAAUUAGGUUGGUUGUGACUAGAAGAUUGUGAACUGCAACUGUUGUCAUUUGGUUGGUAAUGGCUAGAAAAAAAGAAAGUUGGCAUGCACAAUAUCAGCCAUGCAUUUAAAUUUGGUAAGCCAUGAAAAUGUUUUUUUAUCAAUUUUGAGACACACUAAUCUUAAACAUGAAGAGGAAAGAAUGAGCAGUUCAUUAUUUUAACAGUCUGUGUGGUAAAUAUUAUAUUGUAAAUAUAUGGGUAUUUUUUAUUUACCGUAAAUGAUAGAAGUGUUGCUAGAACUAAAUACUUGUACUCAUUCAGUUCUCUAGUGUCGGUAUUUUUUUGUAAAAUAAAUUUAUUUACUACUAGGAAUUGCAUGUACUUGGUUUGAUUUAAUUUGGGUAGAAAUGGUCCUGUAGAAGGAACUGAUAAACCCAAAUAAUGAUUUGAGAAAAGUAGGAAGCAAAGUGUUGGUGAUUAUUACAUGUAUUUCAUAAGUGAUGGUCAGAAAGACGUGUGAUGGGUGAAGUAACAAAUAUCUUAUAUAAUUGUCAGCAUAAGAUACCAUUACUCUACCUGAAUUUGUUGAUAAUUUAUUUUAUUAACUUUUUUCUUGAUUGUAUACAUGUUUUGAAAGUCAAUAUAAUUUUAGAGUAAUUUCCAAUUUUUUGGGGGGAAUACUUU